GUGUGAGAGUGAGAGCGUGCGCGCGCCUCCUGCCCGCAGCCGCCGUAAGUCGCACCGAGCAAACAGCGGCUCUUUUUGUGCUGGACGCACCUGGAGGAGCGAGACCACCCGAACCCGGUACCGAGCCCGGUACCGCCUGGCGCUCACCGCCCCCCGCCGCCGCUCCUGCCGCUCCUGCCGCUCCGGAAACGCACCGCUUCCAACAGGAUUUUACACAAACUGCGGCUCCGCUCAGAGUUGGAAGCUGAUUUUAGCAGGUGGAACUUGUGGAGGUCUGAAGAUCUGAGUGAUGAAACUGAGAGAAACCACUGGAUCUGCUGUCAGCUCCAGUUCCCAGCCGACAAAAUGAAGGAGGAAACCCCACUUGUCCCGAUAAGCAGAGAAGUUCUUUGCACCAAAAGUCCAGACUUCAUCUGUUUGGAAGAAUAAAUAUUAAGAGGAAUAAGACUCCUCCUUACAUCACUGCCUUGCAGCAUCUGGACAAUUUAUUAUUUACCUGAAGACUGUUAACCACAACGACUGUUAUCCCUCUAGAGCCCUUUCCCUUUAAAAUCAUAUUUUUAUAGGUAAUAUUUAAUAGAAUAUAUCUUGACACAUAUUGUGGAUAAAACUGUGGAUUCCUGAGAUUUAACCUAAGAUUUCCAACUGAUUGAAUUCCCAUCCGACACUUUUUGGAUUAGCCCUUAUUUGCAGCGAUGGAUCUUCUAGCUUUUUCUAUCUGGCUGCAAGUGUUCCUCAGCACAUGUCUGGGACUGGAGUUUUUAGGCACACCAGGUCAGUGGGCACGCUACCUCCGCUGGGAUGCCAGCACUCGCGGUGACCUCAGCUUCCAGUUUAAGACAGAGGCCUCAGAAGCGCUGCUGCUGUACUUUGAUGAUGGAGGCUACUGUGACUUUCUGCAGCUGUCGGUGGUGGAGGGCCGGCUGCAGCUGCGCUUCAGCAUUGACUGUGCUGAGACCGGCGUUGUGUCCGACAGGCGGGUAGACGAUGGCAGCUGGCACACGGCCACGCUGAGCAGGUAUAACCUGCGCACUGUACUGGUCCUGGAUGGCCAGGCUAAGGCGGAUGAGGUGCAGCCUCAGCGUCAGUUCAUGAAAAUAGUCAGCGACCUGUUCCUGGGUGGAGUGCCUCAGGACAUCCGCAACGGUGCGCUUACACUGCCAACGGUGCGAAACAUGCAGCCCUUCAAGGGAAGAAUUACAGACCUCAAAUAUGGCGUCUCACAGCCUCUGUUCCUGGGAAGCCUUAAGGUGCCCCUGGAGUCAGAGGGGUGGUGCACCGUGAACCCGUGUGAGAAUGGUGGUACAUGCACGGUGGUGGAUGGAGAGCCGGUCUGCGACUGCUCCAAAACGGAAUACAAGGGCCGCUUCUGCAGUGAAGAGGUCAGCUACAAUUUACCAGGCUUCGCACAUAUGAUGGCAGAACAAGCUAAAAGCAAAGCCAGAGAAGAGAACGUGGCCACCUUCCGCGGAUCCGAGUACUUCUGCUACGAUCUCUCCCAGAACCCCAUCCAGAGCAGCAGCGACGAGAUCACGCUCUCCUUCAAGACGUGGCAGCGUAACGGCCUCAUCCUGCACACCGGAAAGUCAGCUGACUACGUCAACCUGGCGCUGAAGGACGGAGCCGUCUCCCUCGUCAUCAACCUGGGCUCCGGAGCUUUCGAAGCCAUCGUGGAGCCCGUCAACGGCAAGUUCAACGACAACUCCUGGCACGACGUGAAAGUGACCCGCAACCUCCGGCAGGUUACAAUAUCAGUGGAUGGGAUCCUGACCACCACCGGCUACACCCAGGAGGACUACACCAUGCUGGGCUCAGACGACUUCUUCUACGUGGGCGGAAGCCCCAGCACAGCCGACCUGCCCGGAUCUCCAGUCAGCAACAACUUCAUGGGCUGUCUGAAAGAGGUGGUAUAUAAAAACAACGACAUCCGGCUUGAGUUGUCCAGAAUGGCUCGGAUCCUGGACUCAAAGAUGAAGAUCCAGGGUGAGGUGUCCUACAAGUGUGAGAAUGUGGCCACCCUGGACCCCAUUUCUUUUGAGACCCCUGAGGCCUACAUCAGCCUCCCCAAGUGGAACACCAAACGGAUGGGAUCAAUCUCCUUUGAUUUCCGCACCAUCGAACCCAACGGCCUCAUCCUCUUCACGCACGGCAAACUGCAGGAGCGUAAAGAUGCCGCCCGCAGCCAGAAGAACACCAAGGUGGAUUUCUUUGCAGUGGAGCUGUUGGAUGGAAACUUGUACUUGCUGUUGGACAUGGGCUCAGGAACCAUCAAGGUGAAGGCCACCCAGAAUAAAGUUAACGAUGGAAACUGGUAUCAUGUGGACAUCCAGAGGGACGGACGCUCAGGAACCAUCUCUGUGAACAGCAGAAGGACCCCGUUCACGGCCAGCGGUGAAAGUGAGAUCCUGGACCUGGAGGGGGACAUGUACCUCGGUGGGCUUCCAGCCGACCGCGCCAACCUCAUCCUGCCCACCGAGCUGUGGACAGCGAUGCUCAACUAUGGCUAUGUGGGCUGCGUCCGGGACCUUUUCAUCGACGGUCGGAGCAAGGACAUCCGUCAGAUUGCCGAGGCGCAGAAUGGUGCUGGCAUCAAACCCUCGUGCAACAAGCAGCCAGGCAAGCAGUGUGAGAGCUACCCGUGCAAGAACCGAGGCGUCUGCAAAGAGGGCUGGAACCGCUUCAUCUGCGACUGCACUGGCACCGGAUACUGGUCACGUACCUGUGAGAGAGAGGCCUCCAUCCUCUCCUACGACGGCAGCAUGUACAUGAAGGUGGUGAUGCCGACCAUCAUGCACACCGAGGCGGAGGACGUCUCUCUGCGUUUUCGCUCCCAGCGAGCUUACGGCCUCCUCAUGGCCACCACCUCCCGAGACUCGGCCGACACGCUCCGGCUGGAGUUGGACGGCAGUCGCAUCAAACUCACAGUCAACUUAGACUGUAUCAGGAUAAACUGUAACUCCAGCAAGGGACCGGAGACCCUGUAUGCCGGGCAAAAGCUCAAUGAUAAUGAAUGGCAUACAGUGCGUGUGGUGCGUCGCGGCAAAACCUACAAGCUAACGGUUGACGAUGAUGUAGCAGAAGGCCAGAUGGUGGGAGAUCACACUCGGCUGGAGUUCCACAACAUUGAAACCGGCACCAUGACCGAGCGCAAGUUUGUUUCCACCAUCCCGUCCAGCUUCAUCGGCCAUCUACAGAGCCUCAGAUUUAACGGCAUGCUCUACAUCGACUUGUGCAAGAACGGCGACAUCGAUUUUUGUGAGCUCAACGCUCGAUUUGGUGUUCGUUCCAUCAUCGCCGACCCCGUCACCUUCAAGUCUAAGAGCAGCUAUCUGAGCCUGGCCACCCUGCAGGCCUACACAUCCAUGCACCUCUUCUUCCAGUUCAAGACCACCUCCCCAGACGGCUUUAUCCUCUUCAACUCUGGAGACGGCAACGACUUCAUCGCUGUAGAACUUGUUAAAGGGUACAUCCACUACGUUUUUGAUCUUGGAAACGGACCCAACCUCAUAAAGGGUAAAAGUGAACGGGCGCUGAAUGACAAUCAGUGGCACAACGUGGCCAUCACCCGGGACAACAGCAACACCCACACACUGAAGGUGGACGCAACCACCACCAGCCAGAGUAUCAACGGGGCAAAGAAUCUGGAUCUGAAAGGUGAUCUGUUCAUCGCAGGACUGGGUCCAGGCAUGUACGGGAGUCUGCCCAAACUGGUGGCGUCCAGAGAAGGCUUCCAGGGUUGUUUGGCGUCGGUGGACCUCAACGGUCGCCUGCCGGAUCUCCUCAAUGAUGCCUUGUUUCGCAGCGGGCAGAUUGAGCGUGGAUGUGAAGGUCGUGGGGAUCGUCGGACCCCCUCAGGUCCCAGCACCACCUGCCAGGAGGACUCCUGCGCCAACAUGGGCAUCUGCAUCCAGCAGUGGGAGAACUACACCUGCGACUGCUCCAUGACCUCCUACACCGGCACACAGUGCAACGACCCUGGAACCACCUACAUUUUUGGUAAAGGAGGAGGUCUCAUCACGUUCAACUGGCCAGCCAAUGAGAGGCCGAGCACCAGGACGGACAGACUGACCGUCGGCUUCAGCACCUCCCUUAAAGAUGGCAUCCUGGUCCGAGUUGACAGUGCACCUGGGCUGGGAGACUACCUGAUGCUGCACAUACAACAAGGGAAAAUAGGGGUGACCUUCAACAUUGGCACCGUGGACAUCAGUGUGCAGGAGAGCAGCACUCCAGUGAAUGAUGGGAAGUAUCAUGUUGUCCGUUUCACCAGGAAUGGUGGCAAUGCUACACUGCAGGUGGAUAACUGGUCCAUCAAUGAACACUUCCCUACAGGAAACAGCGACAUUGAACGCUAUCAAAUGGCCAAUAAGAAAAUUCCUUUCAAAUAUACCAGACCUGUAGAAGAAUGGCUGCAGGAGAAAGGGCGGCAGUUAACCAUUUUCAACACCCAGGCCACGGUGGCGGUGGGCGGCAGCGACCGAGGCCGACCCUUCCAGGGUCAGCUGUCUGGGCUUUAUUACAACGGGCUGAAGGUGCUGACCAUGGCGGCCGAAGCCAACCCCAACAUCAAGAUUAACGGCAGCGUGAGGCUGGUUGGGGAUGUGCCCAGUGUGGCUGGUUCAGCCAGGACCACGGCCAUGCCAGCAGAGAUGUCCACCACCUUCAUUGAGACGACUACCAUGAUGUCCACCACAACCACACGGAAACACAGAUCCUCCUCAACCGUGCAGCACGGAGCAGAUGAGAUUGUGUCCUCGGCAGAGUGUUCGAGUGAUGACGAGGACCUGGAGGAGUGUGAUACGAACCAUGCAGGUGGGCUAGCACUCCCCACAGAGCCAGGCGUCAGGCGAGUCCCAGGGCCCUCGGAAGUGGUCCGUGAAUCUAGCAGCACCACCGGGAUGGUCAUCGGAAUAGUGGCGGCCGCAGCCUUGUGCAUCCUCAUCCUCUUGUACGCCAUGUAUAAGUACAGGAACAGGGAUGAAGGCUCCUACCAUGUGGACGAGAGCCGGAAUUACAUUACCAACUCAGCUGUGCAGAGCAAUGGCGCUGUCAUGAAGGACAAACAGCAGAGUCUGAAAGGCAGCAACAAGAGACAGAAAAACAAGGACAAGGAGUAUUACGUGUGACUGAGACUUUCGCCAACAUGAGAAAGCGAAGAGAGAAGGCACAAAGAACUUUUAUUAUCAGUUUGCUCGUCAGGAGCUAUGACAAAUGAUGGUAUAACAUGGAACUUGAAUAAUCCUAUACUGUGCUGAGUAGUUGAACUGAUAUGUACUGUAUCAUAAAGCACACUUACUAUUAAGCAGAAGCUUAAUGACAAGGUUAAAUAGCAACUUUAGAGACCUUACACGUCUAUCUGGUCAGAGACAUUGUUGGUAUAGAAAUAUUUCACAGCAUCAUUCUCCGAAGUGACUUUUAGAGCUAUGUGAUCCUUGGCAUUAAACAAUUUUUUGUGAAAUUGUCAGUUACAAAAGGCUCAUAAUCUUAUACAUUUCCAGCAUGUAAGCAACAUGUAGUGCUUAACAAGAGGGGGUAAGGCACACAAUCAAUGUAUAAGUACAAAGGACUCUUGUAUCAAAAUAUUCCAAAUUUUUAUGGUUUAUAAGUACUCUAAGUGUGGUGUCUUACUUAUUUUUGCUUAAAGCAAGAGAAAAAAAAUAUCAAAAAGAAGAGCAAGAAAAGAAAACUCUUUCUGUGUAUAAAAUGAAUCCAAGUGAGUAAAUUGCCAAGGUCAGACCUCAUACCGUCUGUUUGCUCUGGCAUCUAAAUCACCACAAUUAUUCUCAUUGUCUGAUGGACACAGUGACCGUCUUUGUGGAAAGAAUUUGCUGGUGAGAAGCGCCUGAUUGUAAAAUGCAUGCCAUCCUAAUUCCACAGUAAGGUACAGUACAGUUAAAGUCCAGUAUAGAGUGUUGAACUUGGACCACGUCCUCUUUAAUGCAAAAACAGUUCGUCAUCAAAUCGGACUUCCCCUCUUCUGCAGCCCUCCAAAGUAUCACAGAAAAGGUCUAAUUCCCGGUGCACAGCCAGUGGUGGUUUUAUCUUUUUGCAGAACUGUGUGUUGGUUCGGUUCCUAUCAUUCUCUUUUUCUAUGGAGGUGUGAGGAAGAAGACAAAUGCAGUACAACACUGUUAACAAAUGUGUAUACAGAAAUAAAUCAAAUGUGUGAAUUCUAUCUGCUGUCACAGUCGACUGUGUCAAAAAAAUGAGAAAUUUGUUUACAUAUUUUAUUACAUGCUAUCUGUUGUACUUUGUAGGUAGUAAAUUGUACAUAUACCAUGACAGUUGUAAUUUUUAGUACCUCUAUUGUACAGACUGAAGAUAUGAUUUAUCAACAGAUUUCAUGACAAAAUCUAUUAACUGUUAAUUUACAUGAAGAAAGACUUUAACCAGAAUGUGGAGUCAUACUGAUAUUCAUAAAGAAUAAAAAUGUAUUGUUAGCCUAGAAAUCUACAGAGAUGUUUCUAAAGUUGCAUGAAUAUUUAACUACUUGCAGUUGUCCAACAAAUACAAGGUGCCCUUCCUGUUCCACCAUCGCCUGGGGUACGCUGAUUUUUCCUUUUCUUUCUACUUUUUUAUAGAGACAGAGAGUAUAGAGCCAGAAUUAAGAUGAAAACAGCUACAAAGGAUGGGGUUUCACUGUUUAAAGGGACCGAUCACCUCGAGUCAUCGGCAUUACCUCCUUUAUCAUUACUUAACAUACUUCUUUUAAACUUUACUGCUCCUUUAUGUUUCCAUUAUGGUCACUGAUGAUGUGGAGACGUUUUCUUAAAAGUCACAUUUUUCUGUUCAAAUUGUUACUUUUCAUAACUUUUUUCAUUGGUUUGAUAACAAAUAAAACAUUGUUUUUUUCUCUGGAA